AUGAACGAUAUUUACUGGCAACAUAAACGUCCUAUCUCAUCGAAACAAUAUUCAUCACCAUCAUCAUCAGCAGCAGCAGCAAUACAAACAAGACGUUUAUAUGAGAAUAAAUAUCAUGCAAGAUAUGCUCAACAAAUUAAAGAUCGUGUGAGUACAUAUGCGACAUUAAAUCGAGCAACAAAAGCAUCAUAUGCACAAUAUGCAGCUGUAUCAAACCGAUCGUAUAAUAAUAUUAACUUACCAUGUAUUACAAGUGCAUACGGUAUCUAUCGUCACUCACCAGUUAAUAAAAAAUCUCCGCCUGUUCUAUAUGCAAACCUAAAUAGAUGUAUUGAACUAAGAAGUAAACCACGUCAUUCUCAACGACAUUAUUUAUCUCGUAGUGUUGGUGAUGAUUACUAUUACCAAAACUAUGAUGAAGUAAAUGGACAUAUCAAUAUAAUUUAUAACGAUGAGAAAGAAAAUGACAAUAUUAACGAUGAUGAUGAUGAUGACGACGAUGAUGAUGAUGAUGAUGAUGAUGACGACGAUGAUGAUGAUGAUGAUGAUGAUGACGAAGACGAGGACGAAGAAAAUGGCGACGAUAUUUUCAAUUACGUUUCGAAUGAUGCCGGUGAUGUGAUUUCACCUAUGGCAACAUAUCAAAAUGUUGGACUUAUAAAUUCACCAAAUAUUAAUAAUAAUAACAAUAAUCUUCAUCACAUAUCAACAAUUAUACCAAGUGAUUCGUACGAUUAUUCAUCAAAAAAACAUCAGCAACAGACUACUCCUAAAAUAUCUACAAUGCCAAAACAUCAUUAUCAAAAUACAACAGCAGCAACAACAACAACAACAACAACAAAUAAAAGAGAUGUAGUUCCAAUAGAAAAUGGAACUAAUUAUAUGACAUCAUCUGAUAACGAUUCAACUAUAAAUUCUAAUGAUGCAACUAAACGUAUAAGUAAUACAAAUGGAAAAUUUUCUAUACAAAAAAUGUUACGUCAAGGUUUUUCUUCAUGGCGUACAAAAAGAAAGCUAUCAGCAUCUUCAGGACAUCCAUCACCAACUAUAUCAACAAAUACUUCUACACCACCUCCACCUUCAUCAUCUACUGCUCGUUGUAUGACAAGUGAUAAUGAUCUGUCACAAGUUCCUCCAUCGACAACUAUACGUUCAUUAUCAGUUGAUUCAAUUUCAAAUCAAACAUCACCGCAACGAAUUAUUGUUACUGAACAAAUUGCUCCAUCAUCACUUAGAUCAAAUAAUGUUGAUAGUACGACAGUUGAUUUUGAUCGACCGCCAACGAACAAUCAAGGUUAUAUUCAAUCACCUUGGGCAAAUUCUUCAAUAUCUACUACUACUACUACAGAAUCUACAUCUCGACCAGUACCUGCAUCAACACAUCGAAUGUUACCUGUACAGUUCACGGACAAUUUAAGAAUAACUACGCCAGCAUCUAUUAGUGCCUCAUCAACAACAACAACAGAAAUACCUAAUAGUAAAAUGCCUGUAGCAACAUCAUCAUCCAAUUUACCUAGAAUUCCACCUCCUGUUGCUCCUAAACCUGAUAUAAAUCGUCUUACACCAAUUCGUUCACAGUAUUUGAAUAAUAAUAAUAAUAAUUCAUCCCCACCUAUUACUUCAUCAUCAACUUUCACUACAAAUCCAUAUUCUCCGUCAAUAUCUAAUACAAAUGAUGAACGUCAUGUUGCCUUUCAUGAUAAAUUUACAUCUAAUCAAUUUAAACCAAUUAAUGAUUCAACAACAAAUGAUAAUAAUAAUGUUAUUUAUGCUAAUAUUAAUCCUACAACUACGAUGUUAAAAGAAAAAUUUCAAUCAAGAAAUUCACCUGUAAAUAAUACGAAUUCUUCUUCUUCUCCAAUACCUGUACAAAAUAAUAAUACAAAUGAAAAACAAAUUUCAAAUAUAUCAUCAUCAUCAUCACCAUCAACAACAAAUUCUUCAUCAACACCAGUCAUUCAAAAAAAUAAACAAAGUAGUAUACAAGAUAUAGAUACAACAAGAUAUGAAGAAAUUCUUGCUAAAGAACCUGAUCUAUCUCGGCGACCAGAAAAAAGUGCAUUAAAAAAGCCUAAUGGUGUUAAACGUCGUGUUAUUCCUGUUUUUCGAGAAAAUCAACGUCCAUCACCACGGCCAAGUCCAAAAUUAAAAUCUGUUGUUCUUAAUGGUCCAUCAACAACAUCAACACCAACAAUAGUAAAUUCUGAACAGAAUGGUGAUUCAGAUGAACUUUCAUCAUCAUCUGAUGAUGAAAAUCAUGAACCAAAAAAACGUUUUGCUAAUGUUAAACGUAAUGAUUCAUUAGCACGUUUUCUUAAAGAUCGGCCAUUACCAAAUGAAUUAUUUGAUAAACAUAUUCUUGUUAAACCAUUAGACGAACGUAAAAAUGAACGUGAAACUAUUGAAACUAAAUUAGAACGUAAAUUAUCAUUACGACCAAGACCGGAAGAACUUGAAGCACGAAAUAUAUUACGUGGUAAAACUCAAGCAGAAUUAAUUGCUGAAAAAGAAGAGAAAAAACGUUAUUUAAUACGAAAACUUAGUUUUCGACCAAGUAUUCAAGAACUUCGUGAUCGAAAAAUAAUACGUUUUUGUGAUUAUAUCGAAGUAUCUGAAUGUGAUGAUGUUGAUCGACGUGCUGAUAAACCAUGGACACGUUUAACACCACGCGAUAAACAACUUAUACGAAGAGAACUUAAUGAAUAUAAAAGUUCUGAAAUGGAAAUUCAUCCAGAAAGUGCAAGAUAUACACGUUUUCAUCCACCUUAG